AUGGAUGUGGCAGCGGGCGAGGCAGCAGCGGAGGCGCCUCCCGAGCAGCAGCAUGAGCAGGAGGGGCAUCCCCCCACGUCGCGCAUCUGCGUUAAAAACCUGCCCAAGUAUGUCGAUGACCGGCGGCUGCGGGACCAGUUUGCGGCCAAGGGAGAGGUCACCGACGCCAAGGUCAUGCGCACCAGGGACGGCAAGUCGCGCUGCUUCGGCUUUGUGGGCUUCCGCACUCCUGCCGAGGCCGAGGCAGCGGUACGGUACUUCAACAAAUCCUUCAUGGACACCAUGCGGCUGGCGGUGGAGUUUGCUUACAAGUUUGGCAGCGGGGAGGCGCCGCGCGCGUGGAGCAAGUACACAGAGGGCACCAGCGCACACAAGCGGCUGACCGCGCCGCCGCAGACAGGCGCCAACGACGUCCCACUCGGCGAGGGCGCCAAGGGCAAGGCGAAGCAGCCGGACCCCAAGCUGCGGGAGUUCCUGCAAGUCAUGCAGCCCCGCAGCAAGCAGGCCAUCUGGACCAACGAUGACCUG